CUGCCCCUCUUAUUGACUCAAUUAUGUGUUUGAAUCUUUGAUCUGCAUCAAACGGUGUCCGGCCUGGUUGGCUCCUUCUCUCUCACAUUGGGAAAAAAUCGCCCAAACCAGAGAAACCCUAAUUGUCGCCGAGGAAACAUGGGAGGGAAGUGUCCUCACAGAAGCGUGAAGAAGCGCCGGUACUCUCACAAAACUGCUCGCCGCACUAAAUUCCUCUUAAAGGGAGAUGACGCCGUUUACCAGGAACUUCAAAAGCCGGACGGGCUCGGCCAGGCAAAAGCCCUUCCCGUCGAUGAGGACCUCCCAGGCAUGGGCCAGUACUACUGCCUUCACUGCGAUCGAUAUUUCGCUAAUGUUACGGUGAGGGAUGAUCAUUUCAAGACUAAAAAGCACAAGAAGCGUGUGAAGAUUAUGAUGGGAGAUGCACCACACACACAACUCGAUGCAGAAUUAGCUGCUGGGAUGGGUAUGCCUGACAAUGGUCCAAAGCUCAUGUCAAUGGGUUGAGGCGUUGAGCUUUUUCCAUUUCUUUUUGUUUGUUUGUUUGCCUGACACUUAGCUUUGCCCGCACCUUCUGACUUCUCUUGAUAGAGAGUUUCCUUUAGAUAUGCUUAUCUGUGUCCUCUAAAAAAACAUUAUAGUAAGAUUUAAGCAAUCUGUGGUUGACCAUCAAUAUAGCUCAUUCUGAAUCAAGUUGUCCGUCCUGCUUCCUUAUUUGUUUAGAGUUUCCACGUUCAUUGUCUUCAACUGCUUAAUGUUGAUUGUGUUUAAUUAGAUGGAAAACUGCUAUGUAUGUAUUACUUGUAAUAUAUUUGUGCUCCUUUG